UCCUCGACUGUAGCGACGUUUUCGUUGGUCUCUUCGUUCAAAGUUCAAACACCCAUUCAGUUUUCUAUUGUGCUCUUUCUUUUUUUUUGUAUAUAUAGAACUCCCCAGUCUCUGGCUCUCUGAGUCUCUCUCUCUCUCUCUCUCUCUCUCUCUCUCUUAGUGCGUUGGUUUCAUAUAUUUCACAUUGAAGAUUGAAGAAGUAUGUUUGAUUCUUAUCAGCAGCUUGAGGCUGGGCCUUCUUAUCAAGAGUCCCUCAAGGUUCUUGAGUCUGAUAUUCAGCAUGCAAACGUGCUGGCAGCUUCUAUUUCAACAGGCAAGGGCGGCACAUGUUUUCAAAUGAAAUUGGUUUACAAUCACUUGGCACCCAUUUUCUUGUUUCUGCUUCAAUGGAUUGAUUGCUCAUGUACAUGUCUCCUUUCAAGUUAUUUAAACCUUUUUCAAGUAGUUGUAUUUAAGGUGUGCGCGGAUGGGAAGCCAAAUAUCUCUUCAUGCGGAAGGAAAGCUACCAUCAGAGAAUUCUACACUGUUAUAUUACCAUCUCUUCUGCGCCUCCAUGGUGACUCAUUAGAAUUUGAAACUACUCAAGAGGAUGUUCAUGGCUUGGAGAUGGUUGUCAGAAAGAAAUUAGAGGAUAGGAGAAAGCUUUCAGAUUUGGACUUGGAGAGAGAAGAUGAAUGUGGGAUAUGCUUGGAGCCUUGCACCAAAAUGGUUUUGCCAAACUGCUGUCAUGCCAUGUGUAUCAAUUGCUACCAUAACUGGAACACAAGGUCAGAAUCUUGCCCAUUCUGCCGGGGAACAAUAAAGAGAGUAAAUUCAGAGGACUUAUGGGUUCUGACAUGCAGUAAUGAUGUGGUAGACACUCAAACUGUGUUGAAGGAGGAUAUAUUGCGGUUCCAUAUUUUCAUAAACAGCCUCCCUGAGGAUAUCCCAGAUGCUCUAUUUUUAAUGUAUUAUGAGUACUUAUUUUAAUCUAACAGAUAAGAAGAAUGAUGUACAGAAAAAAGAAAAUGCCAACCACCAGCUGCACAUAAUCUGCUGAGGUUGUCACGUAAAAAAUUUCACUCCCACUUCAUAAUUUGCCGAAUAAUGUACAUGCUGUGUAAGAGAACCAAUUGCUGAUAUUGAAAAUGCACUUCUUUCCGGCA